AUGCUCAAAUUCGCUCUUCUUGCCUGCCUUGUUGCCCUCGCUCUCUGCCAAGCUCCACCAUUCCUUGAGAGAGCUCCAGCUGCUAAGCAGAAAGAAUUUGGUCAACUUCUUGAAGGCCUCGCCGCCAACACCGACGAUCAAGUUGACAGUGAAGUCAAAAAAUGGGUUGCUAAGCAAGACGCCAGCAUUCAGGCUGCAUUCGCUCAAUUCCAAAAGACCGUCGCCGACGAACAAGCCAAGGGAGAACAAGCUCACCAAGCCGCUCUCGCUAAAUUCUCUCCAGCAGCCAAAGACGCUGAUGCCAAGCUCUCCGCCAUUGCUAACAACAAAGGACUUACCGUUCAACAAAAGGGACAACAAAUUGACGCUCUUCUCACCUCUCUCCCAGCUAAUGUUCGACAAGAAAUCGAAGCCGCUAUGCAAGGAUAA